AUGCAUCACCUGAGGCUUCCUGUGUUUCUCCUCACGGUGCUCGUGUUGCUGCGCUGCAUCGCUGCCGCUCCAAACUACAGGUACUUGAGUCCCAGCUCCUCCUCUGAGCAGGAGAGCGCUCCUCCAGAUGCUGAGAGCUGGUCUCUCCCGGAGCUGAUCUCCAACCCGUUCCUCGGCCUCAUGGCUUCACAGCCACAAAGAGGACUCGCCGGAACAAACAGUCACCACUUGGAGAAAAGGAAGUGCAACACGGCCACCUGCGUCACCCAGCGGUUGGCGGACUUCCUGGUUCGCUCCAGCAACACGAUCGGCACCGUCUACGUCCCGACGAACGUGGGUUCUUCCACCUACGGCAAAAGGGACCUACAGAAGCCUCCCAACUAUCUGCCUUUCUAGUAUAAACAGAGGAAACUGCAGUUUAUUUAUUCAAUGAUAAAUAUAUGACCAACCUUUUUCUGUAAAACGAUUGUGAGAAUGACGUUAAUGACUGAUUUGCAGUGCCUUUCAUUU